AUGUUUCUAGUUCAAAAGGGUAGUAAUCAUUACAAUGUUCAAACUUAAGUUAAAAAAAUACUUGUUAAAAUAAAUCUUAAUCUAAAUGGUUAGGAGAGAAUUUAGGAAAUAUUAGCGAUUAUAUAUUAUCAUAAUUUUUGGUUUUGUGCAUUUAAUUGGGUGUAAUCAAUUAGGAGUUUAUAAAAAAUAUGGCUAUAAAGGAGGAGGAAUUAUUUUUGUAUUGAAUAAAUUCUGAAAUUUUAAAAAAUUUUUUAUUUAUUGAAUAAUUAAAAUGUGAAGAUUCUAAUUUAAUAUUUUGUAAUUCAUUUGUAACUAUAUAUGAUUAAUAUUGUAUUUGAAAAUCUAAUAAAUACUCAAAAAAAAAGAUAAAAGAUUAAAAAUUAUUUUCUAAUUAUUAAUCCUUUUCUUCAUCAAUCAUUAUGA